GUGCAGUCAAGUGCAACUGACUGUCUGCUAGGAGAGUGCCAUUCUUGGCACAGUCGUUUAUGCCCUGGAAGAAGAUGGCUCAGCAUUACUUAUGGAUCUUUCUCCUUUGCCUGCAAACCUGUCUGGAAGCAGUUGAAAGCAACACAGAUAUCGUCACAGUGAAUGGAACUCUGGGGGAACCAGUUACUUUCCCUUUAUGUAUCCAAGAAUUACAGCAAGUCACUAGCAUUGCUUGGAUGAAUUCCAAAACUUCUGUUGCUCUUGUAGUAGUACCAGGCUCAGGAGCAGCACCCCAAGUUACCGUGACCCAUGAAAAUUACUAUGAAAGAAUAAAUGUUUCCCAUCAGAACUACAACCUGGAGAUCAGCAAUCUGAGGAUGGAAGAUGCAGGGAUCUACAAGGCUGACAUUAAUGUAAAGACCUCUAAAAUGAAAAGCACCAUCACUAGGAGCUACAGCCUUCAAGUCUAUCGUAGGCUUGGGAAGCCAAAAAUUACUCAGAGUUUAAUGACAUCUGUAAACAGUACCUGUAAUGUCACACUGACAUGCUCUGUGGAGAAAGAAGAAAAAAAUGUGAUAUACAGUUGGAGUCCCCUGGGGGAAGAGGGCAGUGUCCUUCAAAUCUUCCAGACUCCUAACAACCAAGAGCUGACUUACACAUGUACAGCAUGGAACCCUGUCAGCAACAAUUCUGACUCUAUCUCUUCCCAGCAGCUCUGUGCAGAUAUCGCAAUGGGCCUCCAUACUCACCAUGCUGGGUUGCUGAGUGGGUUGGCUGUCCUCUCUCUGUUUAUACUCAUUCUACCUUCAGUGUUUCUGUUCCUUUUGUGCAAGAGGAGACAAGGUCCCUACUUGAAGAUCUUCAAUAAGAAACCUGAUGCUGUCUCAAAGAACACAAUAUACACAUAUGUCAUGGUUUCAAGAGAUGCCCAGCCAGCAGAAUCCAGAAUAUAUGAUGAAAUCCCUCCAUCCAAGAUGCUCCCCACCAAGGAGAUGCCAGUAAACACAAUUUAUUCCAUAGUGCAGUAAUCUGAUAAGAUGGGAAAAACCAGCGCUCAGGACAGCAAACCUCCUGGGACUUCGAGCUAUGAAUUUAUGAUCUAGGCCACUAGACAACAUUCUCUCCAUGGAAACUGAACUACAACCAUAGAUAAUGGCAGAUGUGCUGGAUUCAGACUUUCUCUACCCAGAUUUCACAUGACGUUUGCAAGUCACCACAUCCCAACAUGUAAGCAAAACAGAAAACCCUCUGCUGCUGGGAAUAGCUUGUGCCUAGAUAGACAGAUGGACAUGUGCCCUUUCUGAAAUGUCUGCCUUCUGGAUGAAUGAUAAGACAAAUCCCCUGGUACAGUGAUUCCCAAUCUUCUUUAUAUCACAGCAUAUAUAGAAAAUAUUUUUAUGGCACAAUGGAGUAACCUAUCAAGAAUGUUCAUGUCCAGAGGCUGCCUAUGGCUAGAGGCUUCUGGUGACUAUGGUUGAUAACCUUUUCCAGCAACUCCAUACAUACAGUAUUUUGCACACUUGUAAUAUGCCAUGGCACACCACCAAGGAUGCCCUGCUUACACUCAGUAUACUCUGGAGCAUGGCUUCUACCAGUCCACACAGCACCUUGGGAAAAUUAGAAAAAGGCCUCUUUCCCUGAGGCAGACACAGCCCCUCACCCAAGUGCAUGGCUUGGUGAACAGAAUGUGGACUGCAAUUCAGCCUCCACUAGACCCUUUGCCCAGAAAUCUUUGUUCAUUGUACAACUGGCUGAGCCAAUGCAACCGUACAUGACUAUAUGGCAUGGGAAGCCAACAGAAUUGUGUCUCUCAGCAGUUCAGACACACCCUCCAAAUUGUGUGUUGGAAAAUCCUCUUUUUGUAGGAACUACACUGCUGGGGCAUUUUUCUCCAGGCUCUACUUCAAAAGCCUCAUAAGAUUUUCUUUCUGGCCAAGCUUUUCUUCUAUAUCACUCUGUGAUGGUUAAUUUUAUGUGUCAAUUUGACAGGGUCAUGGAGUGCACAGAUAUUUGGUUAAAUAUUUAAAGUGUGUCUGUGAGGGUGUUUCUGGAUGAGAUUAACAUUUGAUAUUUGUAAAAUAAGUGAAGUAGAUUAAUCCUCUUCCUCCUGGGUGGGCAUCACUGAAAUCCACCAAAAGCUUGAACAGAACAAAAAGAUGGAGUAAGGGAGAUUUUAUUCUAUCUAUCUAUCUAUCUAUCUAUCUAUCUAUCUAUCUCUAUCUCUAUCUCUAAUCUCUAUCAUCUCUAUCUCUGUCUCUCUCCCUCCCUCCCUCUGACUGGCUUUGAGCUGGGACAUUAGUCUUCUCCUGCCUUCAGACUUGGACUUGGGCUGGAACUUACACCAUCAACUUCCCUGAUUCUCAGGCCAUUGGACUCUGAAUGGAACUGCAUAUCAUCACCUCUCCAGCUUGCUGACUACAGAUCUUGGGACUUUUCAAUCUUCAUAACUACAUGAGGCAAUUCCCUACUAUAUCUAUUUCCCAUUAGUUCUGUUUCUGUGCAGAACCAAACUAAUACACAAUCCAAGCAGCCACAGCAACAAAAAGAAGCCAUACCCAGUAUUUCAUUCCUCAAAAAGAAUUGACAAACUAUAUUUCUGGCACUUUAGGGGAAGUGUAACUCAACCAUCAAGAGACCUUGAAAGAAGCAAAGUCAUUCUCUAGAGGGAACUUGAGAGAUGUUGCAGAUUACAAAACUGGGUUCACCCCAGUUACCAAGGCUCUGCCCAGAGAGUCAUGGAGUUCAAGAUGAGGUGAAGUGCUCCUCCCCCUUCCCUGCCAUAACUGAGAGGAACAUUCAAGAGAGCAGUUAAAGAAUUUCUUCCCUUAUAUGUUAACACACAUAAGCAGCCAAAUCCUAAAUGCCUAUAAGAAACCCCAGGAUGGGCAGCAGGAAUAAACUACAUUUAGGCAGAAUGAAGGUUUUAGCCCUAGUGAAUGGGCCAGUAGAACCAUCUAUCCCUGACUACCUUUAGCACUGUGUUGGGACUGCAAGGCCCCCAAAGUAUGAGAUGAGCAUAAUGGCUGCCCUGGGCUUGCUGAGAAACCAAUCCAGCACAGACACUGCAGUUAAAUCAUGAACCACGUACUACCAGGAGUGGAACAAGCUAGCACAGUCAGAAAAGACCAUAUGGAGCAGGUGGGCUAAAACUGGUCUAUGCAGGAAGGAUGGGACUCAGCAGAGGAUGAAGAAGAAAGACAGAGGGCAUUCACAUGAAGAAAGCAUAAACAACUAAAAAAAAGAAAAACGGAGCCCUGGAUCUACAUGGUGAAUUUUUGGGCACCUCCCCAGACACACCAUGCAUGUUUGCAUUCCCUUGCCUAUAUGUGGCAUAGCCUUGGCUAGAAUGUGUGCCCCACUCCUAAUCUAUAUACACAUCUUUUAAUGCCCAACUCAAAUGCCACCUCCUCUAUGAAGUUUUUCCUGGUAUCAUUAGUCAAAUUAAUUAUGGCUCUUUUUGAACUCCUUCGCCUCUCUUUUGGUCCUUUGGUCACUAUAACUCAUUCCUUUCUGCCUUACAGUAUAUACAAUUACUUGUUUCCCUCUACAAUUUGCAUUACUUAAGGACAAGAGCCACAACUUCAUGAUCAUCAAGAGGUGAAAAUAAAAUGUGACAAUUUUAUUUACCUCUACAUCCACUGCCAAACAACAUAGUGCUUUGUAUGCUGCUUGUGAGCAAUAAAUACUGUUGAAGAGGAGGUACAUAUUGGAAGUAUUGAUAGAGAAAAGCCAAUAAGUACAGUAUAAUCAAAUUAUGGCAAAUAUUAAAUUUCAGGAUGCAGUUGGCAGAGACUAUUCCCACUGUAAGGGCAUUUUGGAGGGAGAAGACUUUCAGAGUUAAAUCAAAAAAAGGUCAACUGAAGCAAUAAACCAGGUGUGAUGAGGUAGUCACAUUACGUAGUGACAUGAAGGAUGAAAUAAAGAGGUUUGACAAUAAUGGGAAAAAAUCCCCUUUAAACUGAAUAGGCUGUUUCUUCUAAAAUAAAAGAACUUCUCAUCUUCAUAA